GGUUCUCGUAGUCACUAAAUUUGCUUAGUUGUCAUCAUCCAUUUCUCCUUUGUUUUCUUUUAACCAAGUAAAAUUUCUUAAAACCAAACCUUCUUCCAAGACACCCAGAAGGGAAAAAAAAAAAAAAAUGCAGCUGACCAGCUGUUAAAUGGAAUUUCCUCCUCUCCUUCAUUGAGAAUUGCUAAGCUUUAAUGAAGACUAAGAAGAAGAAACCAACUUAUUUCCCACGUCUUUUAUCUCUGUUUUACUACUAGUACUCUACACCUCCAUUAAACCAUUCACACUAGUGCCUCUUCAUCACGAGAUACCUGAAACAAACUAGUAUCCGUCUCAUCAUCACGGAAAAAGUUUCAGGCCUCACCAACAUUUCCACCCCUUUUUAAAACCCUCAAAAGCAAAGUGUCAUUUCUUCAUCCAUCAACCAAUCAAUCAAUCAUUCAAUCAUCAUAAUCAGAGCUGAUCAAAAUUUAAAAAAACAAAUCAUCAUAAUCAGAAAUGAAGAAAUUAUAUCCCUUAAUCACUGUUUCAUUACUCUAUCUUUCCAUUACAGUUUCAGUAACAAAAGCAAUGUUAGAUCCAGUAGAUUUCUUAGCAUUACAAGCAAUUCGAAAAUCUUUAAAUGAUUUACCAGGUUCUAAUUUCUUCUCAUCAUGGGAUUUCACUUCUGAUCCGUGUAACUUCAAUGGCGUUUAUUGUGUUUCUGAUAGAGUGAUCGCGUUAAACCUUGGUGAUCCUACGGCUGGUUCACCCGGUUUAACUGGUCAUAUACAUCCAUAUAUUGGUAAAUUAUCUUCUCUGAUUGAGCUCUCCAUCGUCCCCGGUCGGAUCAUAGGUACACUUCCAGAUACUCUUAAUCAGCUGAAGAAUUUAAGAUUUCUCGCUAUCAGUAAAAACUUCAUUUCCGGUGAUCUUCAUUAUUCUAUCACAGAACUCAAGAAUUUAAGAACUAUUGAUUUGAGUUAUAAUCAAUUAACGGGUUCGAUUCCGAGACGAAUCGGUACGUUCCGGUCACUGAAUAAUCUUAUACUCUGUCAUAAUCAUCUCUCCGGUUCGGUUCCACCGUUUUUUACACAAUCACUGACUCGGGUAGAUCUUAAACAUAAUAAGUUAACUGGUUAUUUGCUCCGGUGGUCAUUUCCUACUACAUUACAGUAUCUUUCUUUAUCCAGCAAUCGUUUGACGGGACCGGUUGACCGGUUGUUAACUCGUUUGAACCGGUUGAAUUAUCUUGACUUGAGUAUGAAUCAGUUUACGGGAAGAAUUCCGGCGAAUUUGUUUACAUUUCCGAUUUCUGAUCUUCAGUUACAAAGGAACAUGUUUACCGGCAAUCUACAACCGUUGAAUCAAGUGAUGAUUGGAACCAUUGAUGUCAGUCAUAAUAAGUUCUACGGUGAGAUUCCGCCGUUGUUUUCAUCGGUACAGAAGUUGUAUAUGAACCACAAUAAGUUUACAGGGAAAGUUCCAGAGAGCAUGGUGGCGAAUUUAAUGAGCGCAAAUAUACAGAUAUUGUAUUUGCAGCAUAAUUAUUUGAGUGGGAUUCAGAUCAAUCCAAUGGCUGAGAUUCCACUGAGUAGUUCAGUAUGUUUGCAGUAUAAUUGUAUGGUACCACCUACACAUACCACCUGUCCGGUUAGUGCUGGAACGGAGAGCACAAGACCGGCUGCUCAGUGCGGAAAUGGAUGGAAAGGCAAGCAAAAUUGACAGUGUUUGUUGUGAAAAAGGGGUAAAUGGGAAGAGAAAAUAAAUAGGAUUAUAUAUAUAUAUGUGUUAAUCAUAAUUGUUAUAUUUUUGGGGGCUCGUAAGAUAAGAUUAUAUUAAUAAAAAUUUGUAUGUAGAAACUUAAAUGUAUAAAAUGGGAAAAUAAUUUAAUAUUUGGAUUAUUUAGUUUUGA